GUUUUUAGCAGUAUAUGUUGUCUAGUUCAUCAAAAUAGUGUUUAUCUUUUUCUUAAUUUCCAACAAAAUUUCAAGGAAGAAUUAGAUCAAUCACUUGGCCGAUACAAUAGAUUAGUCCCUACUUAUCAAAUGCAGCGUUUUCGUUUCAAUAAAAAAGCAGCCAUUGAUUAUUUGAUGAAAACUAAACAAACGAACACAAAUGAACAAGACGAACAACGUGAUCGUAAUACGAUUCAAGAUCAAAACAAAGACGACACACCACAAACUGAGGAUAGUAGUCAGAGUUUAUGGGAUCCCCGUUAUAUGGCUGAAGUAGUGCGCGACUUUUACCGUGAAUUGGCUAAGUCAUGGGCGAGUAUUCUACGAGGCUUUAAAGAUCACAGAUAAUACUGAGUAAUAUCCCGAAAUAUUACUACGUAUAUUUAUAUCAUAGUUAAUGAGCAAAGCCCGCUCGGUCCUCAGGUUUGUAAAUGUUUUUUUCAACUAGGCUUAAUUGAGGUAAUUAAAGGAAUUAUAGCACUUUAAUAUUUUUUAAUGAAACAAAAAUCUACUUUUAAUGAAGGAGUUGUAUAAUUAUGAAGUUG